AUGGCGCCGGUGAGCGAGCAGCUGGAGCCGCAGGGCGCGGGGGCAGACCCCGCCGCCGCGUCCCCCCUGCCCGGCCCGCCGGCGGCCGAGGAGCCGCGGCGGGAGAGCGGCGGCGAGUGGUGCCCCGGGGACGGCGAGAGCGGGGCCCAGCCGUGGGCGGAGGAGGCCCCCAGGAGCCCGAGCCGCCCCGGGACCGCUGCGGUGCCGGAGCCCCCCGAGGGCGGCUGGGGCUGGGUGGUGAUGCUGGCCUCCAUGUGGUGCAACGGCGCCGUCUUCGGCAUUCAGAACUCGUGCGGGGUCCUCUUCGUCUCCAUGCUCCAGCUCUUCGGCAGCAGCGACGACAAGCAGCUGGUCUUCAAGACAGCAUGGGUGAGCUCUCUUUCUAUGGGAAUGGUCUUCUUCUGCUCCCCAAUAGUCAGCAUAUUCACAGACCUGUUUGGUUGUCGAAAAGUAGCUGUUAUUGGAGCUGCAGUAGGGCUUGUUGGACUCCUUUCAAGUUCUUUUGUAAGCACCAUUGAACCUCUGUAUUUCACCUAUGGGAUCCUGUUUGCCUGUGGCUGCUCGUUUGCCUACCAGCCAUCCCUGGUCAUUCUCGGGCACUACUUCAAGAAGCGCCUUGGACUCGUGAAUGGCAUUGUCACCGCGGGCAGCAGCUUGUUCACAGUGUCACUGCCCUUCCUCCUGAAGGUCCUCAUCGACUCUGUCAACCUGUUCAACACCUUGAGGGUCCUUUGCAUCCUUAUGUUUGUUCUGUUCCUGGCUGGAUUUACAUACAAACCUCUUGUUCCCAACACCAAAGACAAGGAGGGAGGAAAGAAGGGAAAAUUCAAAUUACCUCCUGCGAAAAAGAUUUGCAACUUCUCAGUUUUCAAAGUUCUCAGUUACCGAAUCUGGGCUUUAGGGAUUCCAGCUGCACUUUUUGGAUACUUUGUGCCUUAUGUUCACUUGAUGAAUCAUGUAAAAGAGAGAUUUCGUGACAGUGUGCCAGAAGAAGUGCUUCUGCUGUGUCUGGGCAUUACUUCAGGAGUUGGUAGAUUGGUUUUUGGCAGAGUGGCAGAUUAUAUUCCUGGUGCAAAAAAAAUUUAUCUACAGGUGGCCUCAUUUUUUUUUAUUGGGCUGAUGUCUAUGAUGAUUCCAUUGUGCCAUGUCUUUGGAGCUCUCGUUGCUGUCUGUCUCUUCAUGGGCCUGUUUGAUGGGUGCUUCAUUUGCAUUAUGGCUCCUAUUGCCUUCGAGCUCGUUGGGGCUCAGGAUGUCUCCCAGGCCAUCGGAUUUCUGCUUGGACUCAUGUCAGUGCCUAUGACAGUUGGUCCACCCAUUGCAGGUUUGCUGCGGGAUAAGCUUGGUGACUAUGAUGUGGCAUUUUACCUGGCUGGAGUCCCUCCCCUCAUUGGAGGAGCUAUUUUGUGUUUCAUCCCCUGGGUCCAUGAACGGCAGAAGUUGAAAGAGAGAACAAAACCUGUUGAUGGAGAAACUACUGAGAAAAUGCUGGAAAAUGAAAGCACUUUGGUGUCAGACAUGACAGAAAAGCCAGUCAAAGAACUGGAUUCUGGCUUUUGAUGCUCUUUUCUUUUCCCUAUACCAUCCUGACCUCCUCCUACUGAAACCAGAUUUUUUUUUUGGCUGAAGAUACUAUACAAUACUGAAGUCUUGAACUAUUGCUCAAAUUACAAAACUGCUACAAGAACCUUUUAUACCAUUGAACUUUUUUGACAAGUCUUUGAAUUUGAUUUCAAGCCACAUUUUUAAGGUAUUUGAAGUUUUGUAGCUUUAGUGUGUAUGUGCGUAGUGAUUCUGCGUGUGAAGAGCAUAUUUUUAUAAUCCAUCAGAACUGAUUUCUGGAAAUGUGAAAGCUGUUUUUCCUUCACUGACCCAGGAUUCUUCAGUGAUGUCUAUUGUCCAUCCUCUGCAGGCACACCCUUGGGUGUUUAUACUGGAUAAUAUAGUAGCUCUUAUGACUGAUCUGGUUUUUUGAAGAUUAUCAUGCUGUUUACAGUCUUCUGUAAUUCUCUAUAAUGAACACAAAUAUGAAAUAUGAAAUGAUUGUUUCAUUAGAAAGCUAAAUUAUUAUACAACUUUUGAAACACUCACUUGUGUUUGCAUUCAUCUUUCGCAGUAGCCCUAAGAACAUUAAGGAUGACAUUUUUGAUGGGCUCAGGUUUUGAAUAUGUUCAAACCAAGCUCCAAGUGCAAACACGUUCAGAAGUUAAGCUGCUGUAUAAUAGAUUAUUAUUAUUAUUAUUUGGUGAAGGCAAUACCCUUAAGAUGUAUGUUCAUAAAUCUUUUUUCAGCCAAACCUCAGAGUAGUAGAUAGUUUUGAAACUGUACUGACUAAUUCUUUGGAGCAGUAUUGUGAAUUAGACUAAAUUUCAAAUUGUUUUGUUGUACUUGUUAGGAUUUGUUUGUUUGUUUGUUUGUAAAACCAAGACAGCUUUAAAGGAUACUUUCUAAGUGCAAUACCAAGUUAUUUUUAAUGUGGAAAAAUACACGAGCUAUUAAAACAAUAUUCAGCAUUUAAAGAUUUUUGCACUAAGUGAACAUGCAGGUUUAUUACAGGUCUUUAUAGCUGUGCUCAAUUGCCUGUAGAUUAUAUGGCUCCAUAUUUUUUCCAAAUAUAAAGAAAUGUCUUUGCAUGUCCUAUUUCUUGCUUAACACCCUAAACAAAUGGUCCCAUUGCUUAUGUAUUCUUAGGUAUUAUACACUAUUUGUCAAGGAAGUAACAUCUUUCUGAAAAAUGUUUAAAAGCAUAAUUCUUUGAAAUUAAAACACUGCUUUUAAGUUUAUCAUAAAACACUAAUAAGCACACUGCUUAUCUAUGGAUAUGGUUCAGCAAUCACUGGAAUACUUAAUCAUUUUUUAUUUCAGGUCCAUUUAAUACCAAUAAUUUUUGUUGCCUCACUUAAAACUGUCAUAGCAAAGAGUAAACUAAAUGUGAUCUGGACAAAACAUGUGUUUAAGUACUUUUUUAAUUAGUAACUGUUCUUUACAUAAACCAUGGAGGCACACUGUUUUUUUUUUUUUUUUAAUAGCCUUUAUAAUAUUUUUUAUUUUCAUUCUUCUUUUUCCAGUGUUGUAGUAAAUUGCUCAGAAAACCCAUAUAAAACAGCAAUACUAUUGCAUUUAAUGUUUACAUCUAGCAACUGACAGAAGUUCAUUAAAUAUAAUAAUGCAAAGCAUUCUAAAUAUUUGUAGACCAAAGCUCAGGCUUUUUUUUAUAUUGCAGAAUCUCAAUCCCUACUUUGCAUGAGUGAGGUCUAAAAGAAUUGAAAAUUAAAAUGUUAGCAAGACAUAUGGGGAGGGACUUGGAGGUGGGAGGGGAAAAAAGCCAAUCUGGAAAACCAAGGUCCCUUCAGGUUCACUGGGACUUUUGCUUUGGCACAUUGUAAGUACUUCUAAAAAUGUCAUUGAAAUAUGCAUAGUAGUGUUAAUUAAAAUUACUGCCUUCAUUACUAAGGUGAUGCUGACAGCCAAUGCUGCUCUUGUCUGGAGUGUUUCUGUAGAAUGUGUUAUUCAGUAUUAUUUUCCAUUUGGGCAAAGCAGAAUAUGAUGUUGGCUAAGUGUGUUAAAAGACUUUCGUUUCCUGUUGUUCUGUUAUGAAGAAUUAGUGUUCAUCAUA